CAUAUUGACUUCAUGUUCCUGAUCGCUCACUUACAGAGCUUCACUUUAUAAUCCAAUAUUUUCAACUUAACAUGGACCUGCUUAUGUUGGCUUUUGUGGCUGUAAUUCCAGUUCUAUCUGUCGAGAGUUUGCUAGUAUCAGGCUCAGAUGUGUCCAUAUCUGCGUCUGUGGGUGAGGACGUCACUCUGAGCUGCUCUGUAGACUCUCACAUCCCACCUGAACACAUUGAAGAGGUUUCAUGGAAGAAAACAGAUGAAGAUGAAGAUCUUCUGGUUCUGCUCUACCUAAACAAUAAGACUUUACCAGAAUCAUCAGAUGAACAAUACAGAGACAGGGUUGAAUUCUUCACUGAUGAAAUCCCCAAAGGAAACUUCUCUUUCAGACUGAAGAGAGUCAGAACUGAGGAUAAAGGAGUUUACAUGUGUCAAGUGUUUGCUGGAGAACUUUCAUUCAGUGCAACUGUAGUACUGGAGAGACUGGGUUUCUCAGUUUCACACAUAAUGGUGUUGAUUCUCUGUAUUACUGCAUCUGGAUCUGCACUUCUGCUCUGCUGUCUGAUCUACUGCAGAUCACCAAAUACAGUAAAAGGAAGUACAGUACAGAGAACUCAGUAA